UCCGGCGACCUUCUAAUGCGUUGGAAAUUUUUGCUUUGGACGAGGAGUGCUUUCUGGUCAAGCUAGGAAACGAUGAAGAUUACUUCAAGGCGCUCACGGAAGGCCCCUGAACAAUUUUUGACCACUACCUCCUGGUUCAACAAUGGACGACGGGAUUUAGGGUUACGGACAGUCUACCCAAAACGAUGGUGGUCUGGGUCCAGUUCCCCGGCCUACCGGUGCAUUUCUAUCACAAAGAACUGCUCUUCACUAUGGGUAAUCUCCUAGGAAGAUCCAUCAAAUUUGACUAUCUUACACAACACCAACAGCGGGCGAAGUUUGCUCGGAUGGUAGUUGAAGUUGACUUAUCGAAACCGCUGGUACCGAGGAUCAGAUUAGACGGCCGGUGGCAGCAAGUUGAAUAUGAAAACCUCCCUGUAGUAUGCUUUGAGUGUGGUAUAGUGGGUCAUACGAACGUCUCAUGCCAAUCGAGGGACCAGGGCGCGAAAGGGGCUUCUGAUCUUGGUGCCUUGGCAUCGGCGGUGGUUGUGGCCGGCGGGUCCUCGCCGGAGUCCAAUGCCGGCUUCGGACCUUGGAUGGUGGUAACGCGCAAAUCACGGCGAAAUCAGAAAGAUAACGCCACAAAAGGUAAGACAGCGGAGGCCUUGGCGAUCACCAACGGGCAGAAGAAAGAUGGAGAAAGGAAAGAGAGCGAAAAUUCGGGGAAAUCUUCAUCUCAAAGAAGUGGGAUCUCGCUGCAAAAGCAACGGCAACAGACAGGGGAAAUACAAGCGGCGAAGUCUGAGGGGAAAGGAAAAGGUAAGUCGAAAGGGAAAGGGAAAGUAAUGGAGGCAGUAGGGUUGGCUGAAAAAGGCCUGCUGGGCCCGAAGCCCAAAUCGGGGGAGGCAUCUACUAGCGGGCCUAGCAAUGGGUCCAGUAAAGCUAGCUUUCAGACUUCCCAAACUUUGAAUCCCCAGCAGUCUGCGAGGGCUUCGAGUGGGCUGACUGGGAAGGUAACGGGCUUGGCUUAUCCAUCCGGGCCAGCGACCCAGACCAUCGAUGGGGAGAACGGAACCAAAAUCCGGAUUGUCGAGACGCAACCGUAUCAGCCGCCUGCUCCUCGCGUGGUCGACUCGGACACUCCGUCGGCGGUCUCCAGGAUGAAAUCAUAGAAGGAGGGGCGUGGCGGUGGAACGAAGAAAACGGCGAUUCCUAGGAAAGGUACCCCGAUGCGCCACAACCCGCUGAAGCCGCUGCAAAUCUGGUCCCUGGUGAAAGAGAAGAAGGGUCGAAAUAAGGAGAAGAGAGUCUCUCUAACCCUGCAACAAAUCAAGGAAUGGACGGAUGCGGCCAAGCCGAAGGCAGUGGUAGACUCCUAGCCGAUGAAUAAGGAAGCUAUGGAGAGGAUGGUGGCGGUUUCGAGCGGGCUAGUGAGCAGUCCGAACGCCCCUGCCCUUUAAGUCCUGGUGUGCUCUCUCCUUAGCGGCCUCUGUUUCGUUUCGUCCCUUUCCUUUAGUUAUAAUGUCUGCCAAUUUUAAGUCUUAUUUCAAAAAUUUUGCCUGGAAUGUUGGGGGGGGGGGGGGGCUGGUAGCAAUGCUUUUGCUCGCUCUUUGAAGCUUGCAAUUCAGCUCCACAGACAUGAUUUCGUUAUUCUUAUUGAACCGCAGAUUAGUGGUGUGAAUGCUAACAGAGUUUGUGAUAGGCUGGGGUACCCAGAUGUCAUCCGGGUUGAGGCGAACGACAGAAGUGGUGGUAUUUGGUUCUUCUGGAAUGCCAAUCAGUACGACAUUGCUAUCGUUUCUACGGGUUUCCAGCACCUGACCCUCUCGAUCUCUAAGGGUAAUAGUCGCCGUUGGAUGCUUACUGCAGUGUACGCCUCACCCCGGCAGCAGCUCCAGCAACUCCUUUGGAACUACCUUAUAGAGCAUAGUAAAACUAUGGACUGCCC